AUAAUAGAUUUACCCUGAAGCAAAUGAAGCUUAAGCUUCUAAGUGCCUCCCUUAGAAAGCCUUUCCAAGGCCCCAGCAAUGUGUUUACAGAGCCAUUUUGUAAUCUUUUUCCUAAAGAGGACACCCCGAAUUUUUUAAGUUCCAGGCUCUACAAGUCCUGAAUCCACCUUACAGACUUCAGCUUCAGCCUAUCUUUGGGGCUGGGGGUGGUGGAUUCCAAGUCUCAGUUCUACUGCCAGCUUGAAAGGAGGGACUCCUACAUUUAAUGAGUGAGGCAAGCAGCAGGAAAAGCCUCCUCUGGCCCAAAGUGAUACCCCACCCGAUUCUGACCAUCACCCACAUGGGUAGCUUAGCUGUCUGCACAGAGCCUUCCAUAUUUCCCCUCUACUUUCAAAAGCAGAAACCAAGCCUCGGCCGACCUCAGUAGUCCCAGUAGGAAGAUGAAGACUGGUACACGGCACUUGGGACAAAAGUCUGGAACAGAUUACAGAGCAGUUUUGGGUGGCAGAGAGGUAAUACACCAGGGAAGUGAGUAUUCAAAGCAGCCACCCUCCCGCCCCCAAAAACACCUUUAGGUCAAAUAAGUUUGUUUCCUCACUUAUAAAAAUAGGGUUAAAUGAUAAAGUCUGCCCUUGUGUGGUUUGGUUAUGAUUAGGUGACAUAAUUUAAAGACCUAACCCAGUUUCAAAUUCUAGAGGGAAGGUCAAUAAAGGGAGAAUAGAAAACAAAAUGGGUAAUUGGUUGAUCCUUGAAGGCAGUGAUGGAUUCUUUGCAUUUCGCGUUAUACAGCAAUGGGAGGAGGAACCACCACCUUAUUGACAAGUAGUAGGUGCAUAAUAAGUUAAGAGGGAAUAGAUAUUUCUGGCGGAUGCUUACUGAUCUGUGUAACUAACUGAAAGACGGACUGGUCCUGGUCUCUGAGUAACUGACAGUCCUGGGCUGGCUUAGGAGAAUGAGCGCUGGGAACUGACUGACGGCUGCCGGGUGGCCCGAAGACUGGAGCUGACCGAAGGACCCCCGAGAGAGUGGCAGUGUUCGCUGUCAAUCCGAGCCCCCGCGGGCUCAGACCGCAGCCUUUAGCCACGCACCAGCUGGAUGCCGACUCUCCAGGAGCGGGCGGAUGUGGCCUCAAGGCAGGAUGUACGCCAGCGGCUACUCUCAGGUGCGGGAGUCACCGCCCCUUCCUCCUGGCUCGGGGCAGGGCAGCCUCGGCCCAGGAACAAUGAGGUGCCGGCUUCUUUAAGGGAGAUACCACCGCGCCGGCGGGGCAGGGGACAGCGUCUUCCCAGAUGAUCGCACCCAGCCCCGCGCCACCGCCGCCUCAGCAACUGCACCGCCCGCAAACAUGGCUCAGUGACUCUGACAAAAGGUGCAGCCUCCCUCCUGGCGGGGCGGACGCCAGGCCUCCCAGGUCCCGCCGCGUCUCCCAGCGUGCCUGCCAAAGCGUCCUGCAUCCUGCACGCACCCCAGGUCUGCGCCGAAGAAGAUGCACCAGGAAUCCCACCCCAGCGACUCUCGCACACCUGGCCGCCCAACGAAACCUUGACCUUGAAGAUGGUGAGUAGCCAGCCAAAGUACGAUCUAAUACGGGAGGUAGGCCGAGGUAGUUACGGUGUUGUGUAUGAAGCAGUUAUCAGAAAGACCUCUGCACGGGUGGCAGUGAAGAAAAUUCGAUGCCAUGCUCCUGAGAAUGUUGAACUAGCCCUGCGUGAGUUCUGGGCACUAAGCAGUAUCAAGAGCCAACAUCCAAAUGUGAUUCACUUGGAGGAAUGCAUCCUGCAAAAAGAUGGAAUGGUGCAAAAGAUGUCCCAUGGCUCUAAUUCUUCUCUUUACUUACAGCUUGUAGAGACUUCAUUAAAAGGAGAAAUUGCCUUUGAUCCCAGAAGCGCCUAUUACUUGUGGUUUGUGAUGGAUUUUUGUGACGGAGGAGAUAUGAACGAGUACCUGUUAUCCAGGAAACCCAAUCGCAAAACGAACACCAGCUUCAUGCUUCAGCUGAGCAGUGCCCUGGCUUUCUUGCAUAAAAACCAGAUCAUCCACCGAGAUCUUAAACCUGAUAACAUCUUGAUUUCACAAAGCAGGUUGGAUACCAAUGACUUGGAACCCACACUGAAAGUGGCUGAUUUUGGCCUAAGUAAAGUAUGUUCAGCCUCUGGACAGAACCCAGAAGAACCUGUCAGUGUAAACAAGUGUUUCCUUUCCACAGCUUGUGGAACAGAUUUCUACAUGGCUCCUGAAGUGUGGGAGGGACAUUACACAGCAAAAGCUGACAUCUUUGCUCUGGGGAUUAUCAUCUGGGCAAUGCUGGAAAGGAUCACAUUUAUAGACACAGAGACAAAGAAGGAACUCUUGGGGAGUUACGUGAAACAAGGAACUGAGAUUGUGCCUGUUGGGGAGGCACUUCUGGAAAAUCCCAAAAUGGAACUUCUCAUUCCUGUGAAGAAAAAGUCUAUGAAUGGGAGAAUGAAACAACUGAUUAAGGAAAUGCUGGCUGCAAAUCCUCAGGAUCGUCCAGACGCUUUUGAACUAGAACUCAGAUUAGUACAAAUUGCAUUUAAAGAUAGCAGCUGGGAAACGUGACACAUAUAUUAUUUGCAAAUAUAUUGGAUGAUAUGCUGCUUCUGUUUUUUAACAGUGAUGCAACAUAAUGUGGCUGAAAAAGGAUAUAAAAAGAUGAACUCCACCUUCUAUGGGGUUAGAUUUUAUUGUGGGGUGUUUUUUUCCUCAUUUUUCUUGAGUCCAAGAUGGCCAUUUUGUUAGUAUGUUUUAAAUGUAUUACCAAUGUGGGUGUAAAUUUUUUUUAGUGAUCAUUGGUAGAAGUUUGACAGGAAAAUUCUCUAAGAGCCAAGAAGAAAAGAGAGUCCAGUUUUCUGGAAAUAUGUCUCUAAGUAUUUUAGACAUUCCUUGUCAGUAUUAGGAAUUUCCACGGAAGAAGAGGUUUGCAUGCUGGUAAUGCAACCUUUGAAGCUUUGUAAAGGAAACAUAUAUGUAUAUAUUUAUGUAUAUGUAAGUAUGUGAAUGUGUGCAUUUUGCAUUCCAUAUGAAGAAAAUGCCACUUCUGUUUAAAUUAUUUGAUGUAGGUUUGGGUUUUUUGAGAUUUGCUGGUGAAAUCAGUGAUGAGAAAUAAAAGAACCUUCCUUCAUCAUCCUACCCUGUCCCUCCCUCUAAUGAAAUCAUACUAAGUUUUUUAUUUUUGUAAUAUACAAUUUUUUAAGGGAUCAUUUUGGAGGGCCUAAAAUAAUCUAAUUAAACCUAAAUGAAAUUAAGUGAUCCAAAGCUGCUGAAGUAUGUUUGAACUCUCCAGUGCCCUAUAGCUGCAGGAAUAGAAUUAGCCACACAGUCACGUGGUAGCAGGUUGGCAAGGAUAUUUAUGAUUCAGUCGUACCUUCUGUAGGUAGCCAAGCAUUCGAUUAACCAAUUAAACCACUGCACUGGGACAUGUCUGCACUUGAGCAUCUGCAAUCCGAAUACAGGAUUUUUCUGUUUCUGAAGACAUUGCUAUAUAUAUGUACUACAGUACUUGAUAUAUUAACUUUUUAUUUUAAGACUUUUUGUCUGAGCCUCAGCAUAAAAUUGAAGAAACCAAAUGAGCUCUAUCCUCACAUUACCUGCCCUAAUAGGGUCUCUUGUUUCAUCACUGGAAUUCCUUUCAUUUUGGCACUAAUGCUGUCUUGUCUAAUUUGACACAGUAAUGGUAGUGAUGUAGUAGUAUUAAAUGUUGAUCACCUUUUGUUAAUGUGGGAGAUGAUACCUUUAUAGUUUGGCAAAUGGAUAAUAUAUUGUGGCAUCAACUAUAUCUUUCAAGUAGAAAAGUUAGAGACUUUAUACAAUCACUUGGUAUGGUCUAUGUCGAAACCAAUAGACCAUUAUUCUUCUGGAAGUCAGUUUGACUUUUGCCUUCCACGGUUGUCUCCAGUUUGUUUUUCUGUAAAUGCAGGUAGUUAAUAUUUAAGGAAAGAAGUUUUUCCUAAAACAGAACAUUAGCCUUUAAGGUUAGAGAGAACUUAAAAUCAUGUAUCUAGGUUAACCUUUAUUAAAGCACUAGAAUCUUUGGUCAAAAGUAUUUUAAAAGAUUAGAAUAUUGAAAUCAUUGAUAGUUUGCAUAGUCUCUUCAGAUGUUCUUUUUGAAUUCCACAACUUUUGGAAUAUUGCUAUCAUAAAUUUUUCCUUAUUUAAAAUUUGUUCAGGGGACUAUAGGAGGUGAAAAAGCACAAAGAAAUUAGAGUACAUAAAAUUUCUGAACUAUGUGUUACUUGAUCCAGAUGUUCAAAACUUGGGCUAAAAGGUUUUAUUGAAAUAAAGCCUUUUAAAAUAAAAACAAAAAUCAUUUUUUUCAAGAUAACAAGAUAACAAGAGGUGGAAAACUGACACCUCAUGAUAACUGACCCUCUGGGUCACCAAGUUAGUAUAACAGAUCUGGCCAAGGGGAUCAAGUUAUUGGCAAUAAAAAGCAUCGUUACAGUGUCUGUCAAUAACAUGGCAGAGGUUCACGAUUCAGGUGAUAGCAUUCCAGCACUUCAUUUGCUCUUCGAAUAUCUAUGUGCUUGGAGCCAUGGUUUCCUAAGUACAUAGUUUUUGGUCCUGCUUUAUUUAAAAGUUAAUGAUUAUAAUUUAUUUUGAAAGAUUUUACCUGUGAAGCGGAAUUCUUCCAUUGGUGGUGAGGGUGUGAGGUGAUCAGGUAGUUUCUUCUGGAAUUUUUUUAAGUCCUCGUAUUCUAAAAGACUAUGACACCAAGCAAAAUGAUAGUAAAUUCUUUGUCUUUAUUCUUUCAGUCAGGAGGUAUCUAUUAAGUACCUACUGUGUGCUCAGCACUAAAGGUCAGUUGAUAAAAUGACAAUUUAGCAACAGUUUAUAGCCACAGGUCUUUUCCAACCAGGAGUAAAAAAUACAAGAUGAUUAGUGGUACUUAAAAAUUCCUGAAUAUUUGCUAGAGGAAAAAUGAAAGCAAGAAUUUGUAUAGUGCCUUGCCCAUAAUAGGUACUCAGUAAACAAUUAUUCUUCAUAGAGUCUCUUGCCAUGGUUUAUAGUGUUUUAUGAAAUUUGUCUUAAUUGAAAAAAGACCAAAUAUUUCAAAUAAGCUUAUAGGCAGCUGUGGCCAGUUAAAAUAUGGGGUUGUACAGUUAGUUCCUAGAAUGUUAUUUUGCACUAGUUGUCACUUAGAACGAUGGGGUUCCUGUAGAUUUUUUGGUGCUAAGGGAUACUUUGUCAUUAUGAUAAAGUAAGUGUUAAGUGUCAGAUAAAUAGCACACUGAAUUGUUUUUUCUGCUGGUCUGUUUUUUCCUCUUUGUUGGUGUUUUUAAUUGUAAAAUGUUUAUCAAACUAUUGUAGCAGCUACAAAAUAAUUCACCAGCAUGACAAAAUGGUCAAAAAAUAAGUCAUCAGCACUUCAAAAAUGAAAGCAACUUUUGAAAUUUUCUUUUAAAAUUGUCGAAUAUAUUUUAUGAAGAAUUUAUAAAAGGGGGGAAAUGAUUGUAAUUUAUUGUUCAUGACUUUUUUUUUAAAUAAAGUGAGU